AUGGAUAUGAUAUGCAUGUUGGCGAAAUUGGUCGGAACAAAUGCACCUGAUAUUUCCAUAAAAGAUCGCGUAUGUACACAAAUUUCUAUCCUCUAUCGUUGGGCAAAACAAGAGUCGUUUGGAGAAUUCAAUCGGACGAUCUACUCCAAAAUCAUAAUGAUGAAAAAGAAAUUCAGAAACACUCGCACCAGAGUAGACUUUGAUGACGACGAUGCUGACGCUGGCCUACAGGGUUCCGAUUUAAAGGUUGGCACGGAAAAAAUAGUUAAAAAAAAAACUAAAGAUUUGAGAAGUAAGACCAUCUUGAGCUUUGGAACCGAGGAGGAAGAAAAUGAAACGUUCAAAGUAACCAAGAGCCAGGCAAGUCGUCGACUUGCACAAACAAAAUCAAAAAAGUUGACUUUAGAUCAGUUGAAUCAAGCAACGAUUUCCCCAUCAUACACUAAUGAACUCUUAUCAGAAUUGCGCGCGAACACUCCUGCCACUCCGGC